CGGCUUUACAGCCUUUGGAAAGUGAACAAUAUGUGUGUAGCCCUAAGGAGAAAUGUGUGGCCACCUGGAAAGAUGACGGAAAGGAACCUCCACUCUCUCACUUAAAACAUCUCACAGUUGAACUGAUGACAGGAACGGAUACCGAUCAACUGUCAUUAUUAAAAAACGGACCUCUAGACCCAAAUUCCAAAUCUACUGCCUUUAAAAUACCGGAAAAUCUCGCUGAAUCAUCCGAUAUUCCAACGCAAACCGCAGGCACCACCACAUCAUCAUCACCUUCUACUACGUCCAGUGGCGCAAGCGCCAAUUCUAGUCCUAAUCAUACUCCUGGGUCUUUGUCGAAGGCUAGCACCGCAACUUUAGAUAUCAUUGAAACCAUGGCAGUUGUGAUGAUAGGCAUGUUUCUAUUUGAAAAUAUUUUUUAG